AAAUUUGUUGCAGGUUUCUCUUUCUGUUUAUUUCCUUGAUUUGUUUUAAAGAGUUACUGUCUUGUUUUUGGACAAAUUUAGGGGUACUCAUUGUUUUCUUAAUGUUAUUUCUAGCUAAACUAGAAAAGGCUGACAUAUUUUUUCCGUUCAUUUUUUGGCAAAAAUCCGGUUUUUUUUUUCAUUUGCGGUUGGGUGUUUUCUUGAAAUUGUGAUUAUUGUGUGUGGGUUUUUUUUUCGACUAUGGAAGGUUAUUGAUUUUCUAUUUUGUGAAUAUUUUUUUUUUUUUGCGGAAUUAAAGAGAGUAUACUCGCGUAUUUGUAUGCAGAAAAAGAUGAUUCUUGUAAUGGAAUUUGUGUAUAAAAGAAACAUUUUAGACUUUUCUUUUUCUCCUCCUCCUCCUUUACGUUGCUUAUCUAGUCAAUUCCUAGCUUUUGAAGGGAAUUUGAUUCUUAACUUUUGAACAACUCUAAAUUUGGCGUAGUCUUUUUUUUUAUUAUUAUUAAAAAAGGAAAGUUAGGCUUGUGAUGAUGGGAUUAAGACAUUCUCAUCAUCCUUAAAAACCAAGUCCAUUUCCUCCCUUGCUUUUUCACCCCUCUUAUCUGUAGCUCUCAGAUAAAGAGAUUUGGGUACAAAUUGGUGAUCAAAUUGGGUUAUUUUCUAUUUGUGUAGGAGCUUAAUUGAGAUGGUCAGUGGGAGACCAGUAACUGGGAAUUUAGAUUUUUGGUUUAGAAACCUCGUGGUUGGUGAUAGCAAGGGAAACGUGGAAGGAAUGGCCUUGAGUGGAUGGAAGGAUCUUCCAAUGGAACUCUUAUUGAGGAUUGUUUCGCUCAGUGAUGAUCGGACUGUUAUCGUUGCAUCGGGGGUCUGCACUGGGUGGAGAGAUGCAAUUUCUGCGGGAUUGGCACGCCUCUGUCUGUCAUGGUGCAAAGAUAACAUGAACAAUCUUGUGCUAUCGUUGGCUCCAAAAUUUAUGAGGCUUCAGGCUCUAUCUUUGCGUCAGAACAAACCUCAACUUGUGGAUGAUGGCGUAGAGACUAUUGCAAAUUACUGUCAUGAUUUGCGAGACUUAGACCUAAGCAAGAGCCUCAGGCUUAGCGACCGUUCAUUGUAUGCCUUAGCUCAUGGGUGCCCUCGCCUUGUAAAACUCAAUAUCAGCGGUUGUUCAGCCUUCAGUGAUUCUGGUCUUGCAUACUUAACGGGUUUCUGCAGAAACCUAAAGUAUCUGAAUCUCUGUGGAUGUGUGCGAGCUGCGUCUGACAGAGCCUUGCAGGCCAUUGCACUUAAUUGUGGUCAGAUGCAAACAUUAAAUUUGGGAUGGUGUGAGGCUGUGAGUGAUAAAGGUGUAGUAAGCUUGGCAUUAGGAUGUCCUGAUCUGAGAGCUGUAGACUUGUGUGGCUGCAUCCUUAUAACAGAUGAAAGUGUUAUUGCUUUGGCAAAUGGCUGUCCCGACUUGAGAUCCUUAAGCUUGUACUACUGUCACAACAUAACUGAUAGGGCAAUGUAUUCACUGGCAGCAAACAGCCGACUGAAAAGCACGCAUGAGUUAUGGGAUUCAGUCCAUCUUAAAAGUACUCACAGCAAAGAAAAGGAGGGGCUAAUGAACCUCAACGUCAGCCAGUGCACAGCUCUGACCCCUAAUGCUGUUCAGGCAGUGUGUGACUCGUUUCCUUCGCUCCACACUUGCCCUGGGAGGCACUCACUCAUCAUCAGCGGCUGUCUUAGUCUUACAUCCGUACACUGUGCUUGUGCAGUCCAGGCUCAUCAUCGUGGUGGUGGAGUCGGUGCUCUCUGAUAAUGUUUAUUGAUGGGGGAGAUAAUAUUAGAGGUCCUCUAGAGAAGAAUCAUGUGCAAAAGGAUCUGAUAUGCCCUUCAGCGCAAAUUUUAUAGUCCAUGUCAUUUCUUGAUGGGUUAACUACAAAGAGACCAUUGUGCUAUUGUCCAAUCACGGACAGAUGCUUUGUAGUACUAUUGUUGCAGAUAGGCCUCCUAUACUAUUGCCCAAUCAUGGAAACUCUAAAGGGAAUUUUAGCACCCGUGUGUUGGGCAACUUAUUAAAAAUAGGCCAAGUUUAAUUAUGGAAUGAGUUCUUAUGAGAACCAGUUUAGUUGUGGAUCAGCUACCUUCGGUCCAUAACUGGACCAGGUUAAGCCCUCAAAUUCGAACGGAAGAAAAAACCGAGUCGUUUGUGGAUUAGUAUUUGCCAAUGAGAAAACUAUAAUUGAACUAGGUUCAAAGCCGACCAAUUUUAAAAAGUUGCUAAACAGGACCUAAUUCUUAUGAGGUCUUUGUCCCAGAAGAAGGGAGAGGGUGAGAAGCAAAUUUCUAAGUAAAAUAGCCAAAAAGUUCCACUCAGGAGGUAUCUGCACCCUACAGAACUAUACGGGGUUUAUCCGCAAUUAACCCUUUAUUGAUUUUCUUUAGAGGACCACUUAUAGGAAAAGUUUCUCCUAUAUUGAGUAGCAAUCAGGAGAAAUUACACAGGACUUUCAGCCGUACACUGUUAUAAUGUAGCUGGAUGUGUUGUUUCCAGGGAAAUGUCUGAAUUGAGACGGAGGAACUGCAAUGAGUUUGCAUGACCUCUUUUGGUUCUGAACCUAUGUUUUCAUCUGGUGUAUAAGCUAGUAACAUGGAGAGAGUGUAGAUCAGAAACUCCUAAAUCAUGUAUGUUUUCAUCUGAUGUAUAUGCGAGUAACACAGACCGAGUAUGGUUGAGAAACUCCCGAGUCAUGUAUGUAAAUUAUGUUCUCUGUUAACUUCGUAUCUCAAAUUGUCAAAGUCAAGUAUGUAAAUUCUGUUCUCUGUUAA